AAACGGUUCCCCAGCAACGAGAAAAAACAACUGGAAUCACCCCGUCAACAGCUCUGGGAGAACCAAGAGGUUCAAUAGACAUUUCCUUCCAAGAUGUCGAUUCCAUUCUCCAACACCCAGUACCGAAUUCCACAAGGAUUUGGAAAUCUUCUUGAAGGGCUGACAUGUGAGAUUCUGAGGGAGCAACCGGACAAUAUACCAGCUUUUGCAGCAGCAUAUUUUAAAAAUCUUCUAGAGAAAAGAGAGGAAACCAACUUUGAUCCAGCAGAAUGGGGGACUAAGGUUGAUGACCGCUUCUAUAACAACCAUGCAUUCAAGGAGCAAGAACCACCUGAGAAGGAAAACUCUCAGACAUCUGUGAAAGAAGAGAUGCCAGUCACAGCCUUAGAAUCUUCUGAAGAAGAUAAAGAAAAAGAGGAGAAAGCUGCCGUAAAAAUCCAAGCAGUCUUCCGGGGAUACUUAGCCAGAGAAGAGUUGAAGAAAAUGAAAAAAGGUAAUCUUCAAGAAGAGACAACACAGGAAAACAACUGAGGAGACUGAUUUUGCCCCCCAGAAACAUGAAAAAAUAAUCCAAAUCCAUCAACCUUGUUGUGAUUGUCGUUUUUUUUUUCUUAGUAAGGGAGAUUUGAUGUAGUGAAAUAACAUUUGUUGCUGUUGUGAAAAUCUGUCAUGAGCAUUUGUUUAAUAAACAUGCCAUUGAACACA